GUUGCGAUCCUGUCCGCCAUUGCUGUGGGAGACACUAUUAGGCAGACAGUCGUAUUUUUAAACCCGUUCCUUUUAUUUCUUAUUUUUACGGCUUUUGGUGUUUGACAAGUAAUUUUUGUCACUGGAGUGUAUUAAAAAAGCGAGUGCGAUCAGAAGACGCACUUCGUUUGAUGGAUCCGAGAAUCGGCUGGUUCCAGCCAGAACAGCUUGGACCUUCCACAAUCUUGUGGUUGCAAAUUUGGGAAACUACGCAAGGGCUGAGACAUCUGUACUUUAAUAAUAACUGUAAUAUUAACACAAGAAGCAGCAACGCCGUCACAGACUUUGGUGGUAUGACGGAGGGGAUGGACCAGGAGUCGUCCGGCGGUCCGGGGCACUUGGAGGUGCAAGGCGAUUUUCUGUCUUUGGAGACGGAUAACAACCACCUGGGGGAUUGUAGUUUGAAAGGUUUGGAUACUGGUAGUAAGAACAAGCGAAGAUGGAGCAACAGGGCGAGCACUUACGGCUGGAACUUCAAAAACCCCAGGGGAGUAGGUGGCAUGCCGUGGAAAACCAGGAGUUAUAGCAAAGGGGUUGUGGGCCUCCAUGAAGAAAUUCUGGACUUUGUAAAGUACAUGUCACCGACUCCUGAAGAAAAGGAAAUGCGAGAAGAUGUGUUUAACCGAAUAGAAAAUGUUGUAAAGAAAUUGUGGCCCAGUGCUGAUGUUCAUGUUUUUGGAAGUUCGAAGACUGGCUUGUAUUUGCCUACAAGUGACAUUGAUAUCGUAGUUUAUGGGAAAUGGGAGACCCUGCCUCUCUGGACCUUAGAAGAAGCCCUUAGAAAGCAUAACAUAGCUGAAGAAAAUUCUGUGAAAGUACUCGACAAAGCAACGGUACCAAUUAUUAAAUUUAAAGAUUCCGUAACUGAAUUGAAAGUAGAUAUCAGCUUUAACAUGUGGCAUGCAGUAAGAUCUUCCAAGGUUAUUCUGGACUUUGUGGAGAAAUACCCGCCAUUAAAGUACUUGGUUAUAGUACUGAAACAGUUUCUCUUGCAGCGGGAUCUUAAUGAGGUGUUCACAGGUGGAAUUGGUUCUUAUUGCGUUUUUCUUAUGGUAGUUAGUUUUCUACAGCUACAUCUACGGGACGAUGCCCGCAGUCCUAAUUCCAACCUUGGUGUUCUUUUAAUUGAAUUUUUUGAACUGUAUGGUAGACAUUUUAAUUACCUCAAAACUGGUAUUAGUGUAGCUGGGAACGGUUCUUACGUAGCCAAGGACGACGUGCAGAAGAACAUGUCAGAUGGAUAUAGACCCUCAAUGCUUUAUAUUGAAGAUCCUUUGCAACCAGACAAAGAUGUCGGACGUGGCUCUUAUGGUGCCAUGCAGGUGAAACAAGCAUUUGAAUAUGCUUAUGUUAUUCUAAGCCAAGCUGUAUCAGCAGUAGCCGACUACUAUCCAAAUAAAGAAUUAGGAAGCAUAUUGAGCCGCAUAAUUAGAGUAACUAAAGAAGUAACGGAGUACAGAGUGUGGAUAGCAGAGAGAUGGGGACAGCUAACAAGAAGCAGAUCUGCAUGCAAUGGAAGUGAUGUGACACUGAUAAUAGAAUCACAACAGCUGGACAAAUGCAACAAUAAUAUUUCAGAAAACACUGACGUCGUAGAGCAUUCUAGAAGUAAAAAUUCAGAAUCCCUUAGUAAACACACUUCAAAUUCUCCUUCUGUUGCACUAUCGUCAUCAUCGUCAUCAUCAUCAUCAUCAUCAACACUGUCCAGUUCUAGUGAAGAUUCCGAUGGAACACCAUGUAAAUCAUCUAAACAACAUAGCAGACUGCAGCCAAAUACGAACAAAGUGACCUCUCGGGAGCCAGCAGUGGGAUCAGCACAGCCGAGCACAAAAUCACAAGGAAGUCAGGCAGCCAGUCAUUACAUUAGUCAUAACAAGUCACAGCCUCAGCAGCAUAGCACAAGAUUGUUUCGUCCUUCCAGUAGGGGUGUCCAUGUUCAAAUGAAUGCAAGUCAUAGUGCACCUGCAAAGAACCAACAUCAUCAGGGACAUCAGGGUAGCAGAUUUUACCACAACAAAAGAAGGAAACAUAAGCAAGAGAUGCCUGCAGCAGGUGUUUGUUGAUGAGAAUAAAUUUGAUUGCCUGACUUUGUUUUCUGAUCGUGUUAAUGCAGCACACUAAAUUGCCUGACUCCAUUUCCUUAUGGUGUUGAUCCAGCACAUUACAGACUGCUCUACUGAAGCGACUUUCGGGAUCUUCCAGAAAUGCUUGGAAAUGCUUUGGGGCAAUAUUCAUACUUUCUGCCUUUUACAGAAUUGGUUGUGAAUAAUAAUGGAUACAGCAAUAUAUCUGAACUGAAGAGCUGGUGUCCUUUCAAAAAUAAAGUAAAAUAAAAAACUACAUUUAAACAGUAUCCCAUCAGCUUGGGAAAAUACAAAUACCAAAAACAUAAAUUAAAAAAAAAAUCACAAAAAAACUGCAGAAAAAAAAAACUAAAAAAGGAAACGAAAAAAGAAAAAACGAUCACACUGACAACUUUAUUCCCUGCUGAAGAAAACUGAGCAUAAUUUAUGCAUGGAUACAGUUUCUUUUACAUAUUUACUAUUUUAUUGUGUAUAUACAGAUGGCCAUAUUGUAAAAGUACAUUUGUAAAAGUGACUUUUGUAACACUUUUUACCUAACGUUUAAAUUUAAAUUAAGAAAUUAUAUUGUAUAAUUAUUCAUGAUUAGUUUUGGAGCCAAGAAUGCCUGCAGAACUUACCAUCUUAAGUUGUCAACAACUUUCACAGUGUAUGUGAUGAUGGCAGUCUUUUCUAAUGGGACUGGUUCACUCAUUGCUGUGCAAAUCUCUAAACAGACUUUCUUUUGUCAAGAUAGGUGCUUGGAGUUGAUACCAAAGGUGAGUGUGGAAGCAGCGGGUCAUGGCAGGGAGCAUUGUAUAUUGGCCAUAUGUCUGGGGAAAGCCCCCCACCCCCUCAACACACAAGUAGGCAUGUAACUGUACAUGCCAGUGUCAGUAUGAAAAUGGUUGUCCUGUGUUUUUUUUAACAGUUUUCCCCCAUUAUGUAGCAUCACUGAACACGUAUGUUUCUUACUGACAGUCAUUUUGCCUACAAGUUUUCCAUAUUUUUCUUUGCUUAACUUUGGUCCCCCAGGCAACUUUUUAUUAUCAUUUCACAUUUCUGUUUCAGUUUAGUCAAAAACAUUUAUUUUAAGUUGAAGACCCAUUCUCAUGUAAUACUUAAUAUCUAUGAUGUACCUUUAUAGUUACCUGAGUUGUGUAAGUGGACUUGGGACCAGACCGCUCUUGUGCAAGUGAGUACUUUUAAUGACUUAUUCUGCUUGGGGUCCAUAUGUGGCAUUCCAGAUUGCUUUGGUCUGUUUAAUGUCAAGGUAUGCCUCAGUAAUGGUAGCUGUGUCUAGAGAACUACUUUAUAGCAGAAGGUUUAGAAAGAACCCUUGAACAAGUCCAAGGAAAAAUGUUGACUUGUGCUGCUUCUUUUCUAAGGAGGUGCAUCAGUAUGACUGCUAACAUAUGUUGCCUGCAUAUCAGUGAGAGGACCUACACUGACUGCAAAGGCUAAUGUUGGAAUCUUCACUAAAAUCAGCUGUCACAUCUGACAUAGGACAGAAGGAGAAAAGUAUCAUGAGUGCUGUCAGUUUUAACUUUUCAUACUGUUAUUGUCUUUGAACCUGUAGCCUAGAUGGGAUCAAACAGUGUCCGUCGUUUCUGUAGCUGUUAACUACUUCCCAUUUCCCUUUUUCAAAUGGGAAAAGGAAGUGUCCUUUUGCUACAGUUUGUUUCAUUAAAGUUCAUUUGGUUACACCAUAAAAGGAAGUGAAUUGCAAUAUAACCCAUCACACUCUCUUCUGCCAAGUCUUCUAAAUUUGUUGGAAAAAGUAGUCUUUCUCCCAUAUGUUAGUGGUCGCAAGUCAAGUGCUAGAUCAUUAUAUAUCUUAUUUGCUCCUGACAAGUCCUCACAGGGGCGGAUUACUCUCAUGUGUUGAAAGCCAGAUGUCUGAGCUUGACACAACUUGAAGAAGCCUGACCCAAAAUGGCUGGGUUUAGGAUGUCAUGGAUAGGGUACAUAUUCUGAAUUGUUUAGUCACCGUGUGGUCAGCUCAAACUCCUCUUAGCUGGUUGCAGAGUAGCUGGCUCAGCAUUGACUGCAUCAUUGGUAGCGUGGGUAGCCAACUUCAUGCCUGCUCUGGUCCGUGUUGAAUAAUGUGUUGCCUUUUCAUAUCAGCCAUUUGGUUGUCCCCCCACCCUCUGCUUUACUAGUUAUAGCUGUGGAACCUGCUGAAAGCCUGAACCCCCUCCUUUUGAGAGUGGGCAUUCUUUUGUUGAUUUGGAAUUUGAACAAGUAAGGGCCAUAUGUUUCCCAUUCUCUACAGAAGCAGUAGGAGCCAGACAUUGCCUUAAGGUAUUGUCCUUUCUAAUGGCAGCCCACAUUCCUUGGGACUCCCAUUGCCAUGGUGGAUAACUUGAUUUGCAGCAUCAGUCCUUUCCCAGUGCUGUAGUUGCAAAAAAGAAGCAUGCAGGCUGUCUUCUGAAAGUGAACUGUCCAGAGUGGCCUGCUCUUGGUUAAAGAGACUGCUGUUCUUCACAAGCUCUGCAUCCAACAAGGUAGAUGGAAUUGAGCUGUAGACCUUUUUCUGUAUAGAGUGCUGGGUUGUGCUGCCCUUCCUUUGGUCAUUUCCUCUAAUUCUUAAUCUGCUGGUGAGGUUCUACAUAGAAGGGCCAAGGCUUUUUCUUGUAGCCCAGCGAUGGAACAGAAGUUCCUUCUUUUUAACCCAUUGAACCACUCUAUCCUAAGACAGUACUGGUUCAUGUGGUUUGAGCUCUUAUUCUGUGAUAGGAUCAUCACCCUUUGUCCAGAUGUAUUGCUGCUGCAGUAGUCUGUCUUCUACUUCCAGGUAUCCCUAGUUAAACCUUCACAUUCCUGGAGGUUGCUAAGAAGACUUUUACUAGCCUUAUCUUUAGUGGUAGUUGGAAGGCAUAUUUCAUUUUUGUUGAAAAGUGUGCUGCAUCUCCAGUUUGUGGACCUCUGGAAAUGUUUCGCCUGCUUCAGGCUUUUUCCUGUUGUAGGCCUUAUGUCUACCCAUUUCUCUCUCAAAAACAAUAUAUAUAUAUAUAUAUAUAUAUAUAUAUAUAUAUAUAUAUAUAUAUAUAUAUAUAUACACACACACACACACACACACACACACACAUGUGUGUGUGUAGAGAGACAGAAAGAGAGAGGGAGAUACCACUGGGAUGUGCAUUUCUUAUAUUCCAGCAUAUCAUAAUUCACUGAAAGGCAAAACACUGUCUAACGCAGGCUAGUUGAGCAGUUUUUGAAUGUUAGCUUUCUGUUCCUGCCACAGUCAAGAACGCCUCUGUGCUUUAUGAUCUGAACACCAAAGUCAACAUUUUCACUAGUAGACCACAGCUCAGCUGUCUUAGUAUAGUUAGUGUUUGCAUCCUGCACUGUGCUUUUUCCAAAUAACUGUUAUUUCUGUAUGGCAAAUUUCUGAGCUCUUCUGUCUUCGUGUUUUAAAAAGUUCUAAUUUAUUUUUCUUAAACUAUUUCUCUUAGUAUAAUUGUCAUUUCUUCCUGAUUUAUUUUAAUUCGUUUUAUUUAUCUCUCAACUUUCUCUACAAAAGAUAAUUGUAGGGAGGGGCACAUCCUUUACACUGUGGACAAGCACAUUCAUUCGUGGUUCUAGCAUCAUAGGACAACUGAUUACCUGGUUUCAUUUGCCAUAGUUAAAGUGUCAGGCGUGCUCUCGAAAUGGAAUGACAUCUGCAGUAUCUUUAUAAAGGAAAAACUGCAUGGCUGUUAUCCUGUACUGCGAAGGCUAGUUCCACUUGGGAGGUAGCAGUCUGUAGUGCUUGUUUCCGAAGUGUGUCUUCUGGGGAUACUUGACUCAUUGCAACCUAGGUACUCAACAUCUUUACUGAGCAAUAUAGCUUGUACCUUUAGUCCAGAACCUUUAAUGCUGCAGGGCAUGUUUCCCUGGAUCAUACCUUUGCUGGCUGUUUUUUUCACCCUUUGAGGUUUGGAAGGUCUAUUCCAUGCAUACGGCCCCACGAACCAAGGUACAUCUGAUAGCAGUACUCACUGUGUAUUAUUCAGUAAUUCAGGAAAUCCUCUCAGUAUGACUUUAUAACCCUUUCAGUCUUGUUAAGGAUGAUUAAACUGUUGUGGCUAUGUUUUGAAGCUUACAAUUAUAAAGACUUAUAACUAGUGAUUCCUGCAAGUAUUACCCCUUCUAAUGGGAUUAAAGAACUUGCAGUCUUGAAGGUGUAUGCACCUCUUUUGUGGACUAUGGAGCCAUUCAUUUCAUUAAGGCAUGUGUUCAAGAUUUUAAGAAAAAGCCACAUGAAUGAACACAAUGAGGAUAUGUAUGUGUGUUCCAGCCACUCCAAAGGGCCCUUAGAUGGUUGCUUGCCUUUUUGAGUAGGAUAUUUUAUUAAACAUUAUAGCUGAUUUCCCAUGAUCCCUCCUCGUGUAGAAAGAGCAUUUCAGUAUUUUUUUUCUGUAUACAUUUCUACUUGAUUUUGCUAGAUAUUCAUUCUACUGUCCUUUUUACUUGAACCUUCCUCAUUUUUUUGAGAAUUAGCUGGGGAAUGGUGGGCAUGAGACACUGCUGUUUUAUAAUGAUGCCAGUGCUUAUGUAAUGCAACACUUCUUGCCUUGUCCUGCUUCACUGCAUUCAUCAUUUGAUGUGUAGUACAAGAGCCUGUCUCAGAUGUGUUGUUAUGAUAAGUUAGUUUGCAGAACUGACUUGAUUUCUGAGUGUACCAGACCAGUUACUUUUCAGAGGUAAAGUAUGCAGACUUUUCACGUCUGCUUUUUCUUAAACAUUGUCACUACAGCAAUCCAUUAAACAUUUUAGUGUCCUUCCCAAAUGGUUACAUUUUUACAGAAAAUUACAGAUAAAUACCCACUUUUGUAUAA